CUAGAAAUAAAAAAGAAAGAAAGAAAUACUGUUAUUAAACCAUCAACCCUUGUAUCGUGUAAGUUAAUUUUCUUUAGGGAAGCAUCGUAUUGGCGGGAGAACGAAGUAACUCAAAAAAAAAAAAAACAAAAAAACAAUCUCAUUCUUCCGUCCACAAUUUAAAAGGCCAAUUCUCUCACCUUCCUAACACACAGAUAUUCUCACAAAGAGAAACAAAAUAUUGUUCCGAUUGGGGGAGGCGGCGGUGGCGGAGAGGAAGUCGUGAUCUUACGACAUGGCUGAGAAUAAAGAACAUAUUAUCCAAAACCCUAAAUUGCCAAGUUUUGUGCUAAAUAAUAAUCGGCAGAAAGUUGUGGAUCAGAAGAAAGAAGAAACUAAUCCUCCUGAGAAGCCUGACGUAGUCACUAUUCCGGCAUCGGGAGUGGUUUCCCCUCCGCCGGUGAAGGCUGAGUUCAAGUUCCCUGGGAAGUUCUCACAUCCGGCUGUCCUGUGGCCGUUAUCUGCUUUAGGAGGAUUUCUCAUCUUAUGGUGGGCUUGGAAAAAAUGGAGACCUGACGACGACGAAACGAAAAAAAAAUGAUAUUUGAUUUCUAUAUUGGAAGCAAUCGAUAAUUAUAAGCAUUUGAAAAUUUAAUGCAGUUUGUUACUCUAUAUUAUUUAGUUUAUACUGAUUCGUCAUGUGAUUGCCAAUUUAUUUAUAAAUUUGAGCCAUGACAAUAAGGCUUCCAGUGAUAUUCUUUAAUUA